CGGGGACAACGUAUAUGUGUUCUCUGACAUGACUAUUAAUUGCUGAUCAGACUAGUGGCCAGUUCAGGAGCACAGCUGCUUAGCUGGCAUCAUCAUCAUGUCCAAGCGGAAGAACAAGGUGCUGAUAUCGGAGAGUGAGGACAGUGAUGACAGUGCCAGCGGCAGCGGCUCAGACCUCGACUCGGAGCUGCUCUCGCUGGCCAAGAAGAAGCAGCGCCGCGAUGAGGGCUCUCCACCGGCGGCCGCCGCCGCCCCGGCCGAUUCCGACACCUCCGACAGCGACGACGAGUGGGGCGCCGGCGGCAAGAAGAAGAAAACGGUGCGCCGCCGCGCUCCGGCGCGCCGCAGCUCCGGCUCCGGCUCCGGCUCCGGGUCUGGUUCAGAGUCCGACGAUGAGUCUGAGGGCGAGAAGCCGGAGAACAAGUCCGAGCCCGAGGAAGGCGAGGUCUCCGAUUCGGACGGGGACGCCGAGUUCGAUGACGGCCUCGACGAAAACCUGAUGGGUGACGAGGAGGACCGCGCGCGCAUGGAGAAGAUGACCGAGAAGGAGCGAGAACAGGAGAUCUUCAACCGACUCGAGAAGCGCGAGGCGGCUAGGACCAGGUUCGAAAUCGAGCGUAAGCUGAAGAAUGCCAAACGUCGCGAGCAGCAGAAGAAGCGGAGAGCCGUCCUCCGCCUAAGGCGGUCAAAGAGCCCGAAAUCAAGCGCACCACCGACCGCAAAAAGGCCAUGGAGGAAAACAAGGAGCGACAGGACAAGAAGGGCAGUGCGCUGAGUCUGCUGAAGGCACAGCGGGAGCAAAACUCAGAGAC